AUGCGUGGUAUAGCAAAGAAACAAGUAACAAAUCAACAGCCAAUUGAAAUUAAAAAUGAUCAGAUAUUCUUGAAUGUAAUAAUUAAUGCAAAGACAAGAUCUUUAGAGAUAACCAUUAAAAAUGCACGUUUAAUUGAAGGAGAUCUUAUUGUUGUUACAAAUAGUGAACCAAAGGAAUUUCCAAAGUUAAAUAAUCUUGGAACUAAUUCAGAAAUUAAUUACGAAAAAACACAAAAAUGGAAAGUAAAUGCAGAUACAAUUUUGGGUAAAUAUGAGCCGAAACAAAAAGAUGAUUGGAUAAAAACUAAUUUGAAAUUUAAUUAUGAGGAAUCAGAAAAAAUUGACUCAAAAACAGAAUGCUAUAGUCAUUGGAUUAGUUAUAUUGAUAAGGAUGGUAAUAUUUUAUCUAAAAGCUGUAUACGUGCCUAUCCAACAUGGAUGAAUGAUAUGAAGGAUAGUAUACAAAAUUUUAAUAUGAAACAAAUAUUUAUUCCCGGUUCUCAUGACGCAGGCUCAUAUCGUUUAAAUUUCAAUCCCGAAAAGGAUGAAACUGUAAUAACAAAAUAUUCACUAACACAAGAUGACAACAUCAAGUCACAAUUAAUGCAUGGUAUUAGAUACUUAGACAUAAGAAUGGGUUAUUAUGCUUUCACAAAAGAUAAAUUUUUUAUGGUUCAUGGUAUUACAAAACAGAGACCUUUAAAAGAAGCUUUAGAACAAUUGAAAAAUUUCGUCAUUGAAACAAAUGAAAUAGUAAUUUUUGAUGUCAGAAAGUUUGAACUAGGUUUCCAAAAUAUUGAAGUUCACCGUGAACUUAUAAUGUAUAUAGAGAGCUAUAUUGGAGAAUAUUUAGUUGAUGCUACUCAUUCUUGGGAUAUUACAUUAAACGAAAUUUGGAAUAGUGGAAAAAAUAUUAUUUUGACGUAUGGCGAUUCCAGUAUGAGGAAUGAGUUUCCUAAUAUUUUAUUUAAUAUUGUACAACAUCGAUGGGGUAAUAAAGACGACUGGUCCAGUUUGGAAGAAUAUCUUAGAGGUCUGCACGGACAUUUAACUGCAAGUGCUCAAUCUGAUAUGGCUGAAUUAACUCCGAAUGCAUGGGGUAUUAUAACUGAUAAAUAUGGUGGACUUCGAAAAAUGGCUGAUGACGUUAAUCCAAAAGUAUAUGAAUUAUAUUCAAAACAUUUAGGGUUUACAACAAAUAUUUUAAGUGUUGAUUUUCACCGUGGAAUUGCAGUAACCGAAUUAGCUAUUCACUUUAACCGAUUACGAAAACAUACUCAACAAUAA